ACCGCUUUGUACAAAAAUAGAUGAUCUCAUUCCACAGUUUUCCGUAUUACACUUCAUCGACGAAUUACGAAAUGCCCACUGCUCUCUCUAAACCCUAAACUUCUUGAAGAAAAAAAAAAAAAGCCCACUCGGUCUUACGCUGUAUCAGAGAGCUCUACCAGUGCUGAAAAGCAUCACGAAGAAAAUAAUCCGCAAAAAUAUGAAGGAGUAGCACCAGCGUGUUUUUUAGGGUUUUCUUAUGCUUGUUCAUUAUUGCAAUCUCUCUAUAUCGUCAUUAUUGGAAAAAUUGCGGUGGUUUCCAGCUUUCCCAUUGUCAAACAGGUGAAAUUACCAGCACCACAGUUUAUCAAACAGGGUUUCCAGCUUUCACCCUGCCAAUUUUCACCUGCAUCCUAAUAUCUAUAAAAGUCAACAGCAGGGGUGAUUCCCAGGGACACUGCAAUGAAAGUUAUCAAACGCUACCUAAAUAACUUGUCUUGAAACCUUGUAUUUGGAAACCCUAGAAAAACCCCAAGGAAACUUCUCUGCUAAAAAAUGGCUGCUUCUUCCUUAAGGUUAUUGCAAUCAAGGCUUCUUCCCUAUUCUAGGGCUAGGUUUUUGAUUUGGAGUUCCUCUGCACCUCAUCAAGCUUCAAAGGAGCCUUUAAUGGUGACUUCCUAUACUCUUAAAGAACGCAAUUUUCAUGACGAGCGGCUCAAUGCUUAUCAAUCUGAACAAGCAAUGGAUCAGGCUUCGAAGGAGCAAGUAAUGGAGUCCUCUACCCCAACAAAUGGCACGAAGAAGGGUUGGAGCUUUCUAAAGUUCUGUGUUUUCAGUGCCCUAACUGGUGGUGUUGGUGUUGCUUCUUAUGCUACAUAUGCAUGUACUCUGGAAGAAGUGGAACAAAAGACAGCUGCACUACGGAAUCCAACAAAUUACACUGUCGAUGGUGAUGGUUCGAUCUUCAAUAAAAUGCAGGCUUCCUUGUACAAUGCAGCUGUGACAGUGCCCGCCAAAUCUAUACAACUGUACUUGGAUCUCAGGAAGUCCAUUGAAGACCAUGUUAAGGAAUUUACUGAGCCAUCAUCAGAGAAGUUACUUCCAGAUAUAUUACCUAUUGAUCAACAUAAGUUCACUUUGGUAUUGGACCUUAAUGAGACAUUAGUAUACUCUGAUUGGAAGCGUGAAAGGGGCUGGAGGACAUUUAAAAGACCUGGAGUAGAUGAUUUCUUAGAGCACCUUGCUCCAUACUAUGAGAUAGUUGUGUAUUCUGAUCAGCAAAGUGUGUAUGUUGACCCUAUCAUUUCAAGGCUUGAUCAAAAGGGUCUUAUAAGAUACAGGCUUUCAAGAGCAGAGACCAAAUAUGUCGAUGGAAAGCAUUACAGAGACUUUUGUAAGUUGAAUAGAGAUUCUUCACGAGUGCUAUAUGUUAGUGGGCAUGCAUUGGAGAACAGUCUUCAACCUGAAAAUUGCGUGCCUAUCAAGCCAUGGAAGCUUGAAUCAGAUGACACACAACUUUUAGAUCUUAUACCUUUUCUGGAAUAUGUUGGGAGCCAUAAACCAGCUGAUAUAAAGACAGUUCUUGAAACAUAUCAAGGUUGUGAUAUUGCAAAAGAAUUUCUUGAGCGUAGCAGAAAGCAUCAAAGAUACAAAGUUACUACGACUUUUGUGGUGUUCCCCAUAGUUCAACCGGUCCAAAGUUACAACGGAGUCCUACACGCAGCAGUUGUCGUCAAUACAGCAAACACACAGCAUCAUCUUUCAUAGUGUGAGGUGGUCUGAGCAGAAGGUGCAGGGUCGCUUUUGGAAAUGGGGAAGUUAAACUAAUGGGAUGUUUCUAAACGUGAAAAUCAUAUACGAAGCAAAAUGGACUUUGCAGAUUUAUGAGCAGUUUGAUCGUGGGACAAGGAUUCUAAUGGAUCUUAUGUAGGUUGGAAUUUCCAUUCCUAGUACAUGAAGGCUUGUAUUUCGGCCUUGAAGGUGUAGAUGCUGUUUUUCUUUUUUUUCUUUAUUAUUUUCCGUUAACUGCUUUUCCAAGCAUGAAUGUUUCGACAAGUGUUGGUGUCUUUUGUCCUGUUUUCCAUUCCGUUUUUGGGGGGAGUUAGGGAAAGGGUGCAGAUGGAACUAUUUGGUCUUGUGAUUAAAUUUUGAUCUUAUGAUUAAAUUCGUUUAUGUAACUUAUAUAGGAAAUUUUGGCACUUUUGUUCCAAUAUGGAAAAAAAUUUGAAACUUGAGAAGCA